GAAGGAAGGACACGCGAAGAGAGGGUUUCUACGAGUCUCUGUCAUGGCAGCUGAUCUGCUGCGCUGGUGUGUGGAGGAACUGGAGAAGCGUUUUGGACUGGGCGUCAGUGAAGACGUGGUUAGGUAUAUUCUAUCCAUUGACACAGAGGAAGAGAUUGACGAGUAUAUUAAUGACCUAGUACAGGCUCCAGAGGAUAAAAAGUCUCUCUUUACACGUGAACUGAAACUCCGAUGGCAGAGAAUCAGGCAACCAUCUGCUUCAAGCACUGCUCCAGCGUUCCAAAGGAAAGAUGGAACAGAAGAUUUGCAGACAGAGAAACUGUCAUUCGGGGAACAGGGUAAGCAAAGAAGGCGCAAAGGAAGGAACAAAAUGGAGCCUCUUCAAGCUGUAUAUUCUGUAGCCAAUACCUCUGCGGAAGAAGUAAAAACACCCAUGGAUUUGGCAAAGGCGCAGGAAGUUGUGGGGUUGUCAUCCUCCAAGAAGAAGCAAAAGUUUGUCAGUCUGUACACCAAGGAGGGGCAAGACAAACUGACUGUGCUUAUCCCUGGACGCCACCCUUGCGAGUGCUUGGCACAGAGGCACCGGCUUAUUAAUAACUGUAUGACAUGUGGCCGCAUUGUUUGUGAACAGGAGGGCUCAGGGCCGUGUCUGUUUUGUGGAAACCUGGUAUGCACAAAGGAAGAGCAAGACAUUUUGCAGCGAGACUCAAAUAAAAGUCAAAAACUCCGCAAGAAGCUUCUAGGUUCAGAGUCCUCUGCAAAAGACCUUCUCCCCCAUCAGGAAACCCGAAUGAAAGAAGGAUUAGAGAAAGCUCUGCAACAUCGAGACAAACUCUUAGAGUAUGACAAGACUAGUGUGCGGCGGACUCAUGUGAUUGAUGAUGAAUCUGAUUACUUCGCCACGGACUCAAAUCAGUGGUUGUCUCAGGCGGAAAGAGAAACCUUGCGAAUGAAGGAACAGGAGUUGCAGGAACUGCGUCAUGCCUCUCGCCUUUCUCGUAAAUUCACAAUUGAUUUUGCGGGAAGGAAGGUCUUUGAGGAAAGAGGAGAUCUUACAGAGUACCAUAAGCAGUUGGAUGAUACUGUCCAGUCAGUUAACUCUGGAACAGUGGUCCCUUCAGGGAAUUCUAGAGAAAGAUCAAACGUUUCAUCUCUGGUAAAUCCAAGUCUACUACAGCCUUCACCAGUGUGGGUGGAUCAGGUUAGCGCAGGCUCAUACAAGAAGAAAGCUCUUUCGGAGGAGACAAACCCUUGUUCUGAAAGAAACCGGCUGCGGAUACAGGACCGUGAAUUACAAGAGAUUAGUGACCUAGGCAUGUGCUUGAGCAUGCACCAACCUUGGGCUUCUCUACUUGUUGCAGGCAUCAAACAGGUAGAGGGAAGGACAUGGUACAGUGCUCAUAGAGGCCGCUUGUGGAUAGCGGCUGCUGCGAAACAACCUUCCUCACAGGAAAUCUCUGAGCUGGAAACUUCCUACAGAGUGUUGCUUCAAAAAGCCGUACAGUUUCCAAAAGACUACCCUACUAGUUGUCUCCUGGGUUGUGUUGAUGUGCUCGACUGUCUGUCACAAGAGCAAUUCAAAGAACAGUAUCCAAGUAUGAAUCAAGAAUCUGGCUCUCCAUUUGUAUUCAUCUGCAACAAUCCCCAAGAACUGCUAAUUAAAUUUCCCAUUAAAGGACAGCAUAAGAUCUGGAAACUGGACUCCAAAAUCCACCAGGGAGCCAAAAAAGGUUUAAUGGCCAGAUAAACCAAAGAAGAUGCCAAGUAAAGGUCACCUGACCCAUGUUUAUGAGGAGCCAUGAUUAAUACUUGUCAUCCAAAACAAGGACAAUUAUCUCUGUUAAAAGUAAUUUUAUGGAUAAUUGACUUAAAAAUAAAUCAGACUG